UUUAAAAAAGAAAAAAUAAUCAGUUUCCUUCUCCACUCAUUUCUCUCGUUACAGAGAAGAAUUUGGUCUUCAAAUCGAACGGUGGUGGUUGAUCGAUAAUAAAUCAGAUCGAUAUCUAAUGGCGGACGAUAAGUACAAUUUGAAGAACCCGGCGGUGAAGAGAAUCUUACAGGAGGUUAAAGAAAUGCAAUCUAAUCCAUCAGAUGAUUUCAUGAGCCUUCCACUCGAGGAGAAUAUAUUUGAAUGGCAAUUCGCCAUCAGUGGUCCACGUGAUACUGAAUUUGAAGGUGGGAUUUAUCAUGGACGAAUUCAGUUGCCUGCAGAAUAUCCAUUUAAGCCUCCAUCAUUUAUGCUGCUGACUCCUAAUGGGCGCUUUGAAACCCAAACUAAGAUAUGCUUAAGCAUCUCAAAUCACCAUCCAGAGCAUUGGCAACCAUCAUGGAGUGUGCGUACUGCCCUUGUAGCACUGAUUGCAUUCAUGCCUACCAACCCAAAUGGUGCUUUGGGAUCGCUAGAUUAUAAGAAGGAAGAGAGGCAUGCUUUGGCCAUCAAAUCUCGUGAAGCUGCCCCAAGAUUUGGGACUCCUGAACGUCAGAAGCUCAUUGAUGAGAUUCAUGAAUAUAUGUUAAGCAAGGCACCCCCUGUUCCUCAGCUCAGCCCCUCUGAGUGUUCUGAAGAACACCCUGGCAACAGGGAGAGUGAGGCCCAAGAAAGUUCUCGAGAUGCCAAGGGUGUCUCCUCCCAGGAAAGGCUUCAAAAUCCCGCUGUGGGUGAAAGGAUUACUGAAGAAAUUCAGGAGGUUCCUGCCAAUGCUAAUCCUAGCCCUGCAGGAGUUCGACCAGCAAGAGAGGUUUCUGCAGGAGGCUCAAGUGAUCAUCUUCUGCCGCCAAGGGCAGAGACAAGGGUUCAAAAACCUGCUGAUGAUCGCCUGUUCACAUGGGCUGCAGUUGGACUUACUAUUGCAAUUCUGGUUCUGUUGCUGAAGAAGUUUAUGAAAGCCAGUGGUCAUGGUGCUGUCUUCAUGGAUGGAUCGUAGAUAUGCGAAUGUUUUAAGAGGCUUGAAUGAUUGAAUUAGCAUGAUUUGUUAAAAAAUAGGCAACAAGUGUUAUCGCCAUCUUCCAUUGGAUCGUUUAGUAUUGUAUACGAAUAUAAUAGUAUAUAUAUUCAUCUUUAUAUAUCCCAGUGACUCUUAACCGUUAUUGUAAUACAGUAUGAGCAUCUUUGCUUAGGUACGUUUUAUGAGUCCUUUAUGGCGCCGAAUUAAGUGUGAAGGCUGAUGAAUUUGUAAUAACGAUAGCAUUAAACAGAAAAACUUGGUAGAGUUUCCGUCAA